AUGUUGACGGAUUCUGUUCUACCCGUUUUGACACCAAUUUUCAAGGCUGCAGCAUCAAAAACUCUAUCUAUUAAAGGGCAGAACAAGCUGGGAAGAGGGCAGCGGGACAAAGUGCAGCAAUUCCUUUCAAUUACGGGCUCCAGGGCAGAACAAGCUGGGAAGAGGGCAGCGGGACACAGUGCAGCAAUUCCUUUCAAUUACGGGCUCCAGGCCUCGCGAAACACACGUACGGCCCUGCCAGAACCGACAACGCCGCCGGCUCCGUCCCAACUUACAAGGCACUCCACAACUUCCUCUGCCACAUCGUGUCUUCUCUCUUUGUCAGUGUUAGUGAGUGCUAACAUCACAAUGGGGAAGCAAAGAUUUGCUCGUAAACAAGGGUUUAAGAGGCUGUCUAAAGCAGAGACAUUAUCAAAGAAAGAAAAUUUAAAAAGAAAUCGCCGUGCCAAUGACGAGAAGUUCAUACCAAACUCCUCGCAGAGUGACGACUCAGUGGACUUGUCGGAGGAGCACAAAGACGUAGCUUCUGAAGAGGAAGAAUCAGAAAAAAUUGUUUAUAGAGAACCAAGUAUGUAUGACAAUUUGUUGAAGACAUUGGGGUCUCGAAAUGAAACUGUUGCCAAUGCUUUGAGAAGAAGGCAAAUAGAAGAAGGGAGAAGUGACACAGAUGAAGAUGUAGAUGGUGAUAUCGAAUCUUCUAGCGAGUCCGAUGAACAGCAUGAUGGUUCAGGAAAUGAUAAAGAGUCUCCCAGGAGUAAUACUUUUGUGAAAGGAUUAAAAGGUUCUGAAAUGGUUGAUGGUAUGGAACUGAGUGAAGAUGUUGGGACUGAUGAUGAUGGACUAUCUGACACAGAUGAAGAAAGUGAUGUGAGAGUGAAUGGUCAAUCCAUAUCUGAGGCAUCUGUGAUCACAAGUACUUUUGCAAAUCAUUUGGAUUACAAGUUGUCAAAAGAAGAGAUUGACCACCUAUUGAGAAGGAAAUGGAACUAUUCAUGGAAGAUGCCUGCUUUUAAUAUGUCAAAAAGCUACUGGAGAGGAACAGGAAUAUGCCCGGUUGAGAUAGGAUUUUUAAAGCCUGUGAAGGAUCUCGUUUUUGGUUCUACCUUAGCUACUCUUGUGAGACAGUGUGAUGCAAGUAUUCAAGAUUGGUUUUCUCCCAGCAACUCAAUGUCCAGCACUGGCUGUAGUUACCCACUGCAUUUCAGAAGCAACAGCUAUCAAGAUAUAAUGCACCAUAACAAGAAGCCAUUUUAUCUCAAAGGUCAGGAAGAAGAUUCAAGUAUCAUGGAUGCUUACCUAGUGCAUUCUGUUUUGAUUCUUUUGCCUCUAGCAGGCAUUGCACGACGGAUUAUCAAGAGGUUGAUCCAGUUGACCCCUUCCAAUAACAAGGCUAAUGUGGAAAACAUUGGACGGUUUAAUGAGGAGUAUGGUUCUGGAAGCGCUGAAGACCAGUAUGAAGAGGAUGACUCAGAAAAAUCUAAGUCUAAAAAGUCCACAAAACCUUCUGACUUUCAAGCAUUGCUCAGUCGAGAUAAUAACAAUGAUCACUUCAUGAUAGGCAUAAAGUUUACCAAGAAGAGUACGAGGUUAUAUAGCGAUUUCUAUAGUUCAGAUAUAAUCGUUGCUUCUCCCCUUGGUUUGAUCACUAAAAUUGGGGAGGCUGAAGUUGAAAAGGAAAAAGAUGUUGAUUAUCUUUCUUCUAUAGAGAUCUUAAUCAUUGACCACGCGGAUGUCAUGAUAAUGCAGAAUUGGUCCCAUGUGAAGACUGUUGUUGAACAUUUGAACCAAAUACCGUCUAAGCAGCAUGGAACUGACAUUAUGCGCAUAAGGCCGUGGUAUCUAGAUGGACAUGCACGUUUCUAUCGGCAAACAAUAAUAUUAGGUUCUCAUGUGAACCCAGAUAUCAAUACAUUGUUCAACCAACAAUGCUUUAAUUACCAAGGAAAGGUAAAGUUGGAAUGCAGUUAUAGAGGCGUUCUUCCGAAAAUUUUGCUUCAAGUACGGCAGAUUUAUGAGCGUUUUGAUACAAAGUCAAUAGUGGAGGCUGAUGACAAUCGUCUUGAAUAUUUUGCCAAAAAGGUGUUUCCCAAGAUAAAAGAUUCUGUUCAGCCUGGGGUUAUGAUAUUCAUUAGUUCGUACUUUGAGUUCGUUCGACUUCGAAAUUUUUUGAAGUCACAGGGUGCAUCCUUCUGCUUGUUUGGAGAGUACAUUAAGCAGAAGGAUAUAUCCAGUGUACGAGGCCAGUUUUUUAGGGGAGAAAAGAAAAUCAUGCUUUAUACAGAGAGAGCUCACUUCUAUUACAGAUACAAGAUCCGUGGUGUUCAGAAUUUAAUUAUCUAUUCCCUUCCAGAGAGGAAAGAAUUUUACCCAGAGAUUGUUAAUUUGCUGGAAGAGGCUGAUAACGUGAACUGCACUGUCUUAUUUUCUCGUCUUGACUAUUUUCGGCUUGAGAGAAUUGUUGGUUCUGCUGCUGCAAAAAGGAUGGCUAACUCAGAGAAAGGCAUAUUCGUUUUCGCUUAG